AUGGCUGCAGAACUUGCCGGAAAGAAGAUCAUCUUUAUCGUCGGAGGCCCUGGCUCCGGAAAAGGCACUCAGUGCGAGCGAAUCGUCGCCAAGUACGGCUACUGCCACCUUUCUUCUGGCGACCUUCUCCGCGCUGAAGUCGCUUCUGGAUCUGAACGAGGCCAGGAGCUUCAGGAAAUCAUGAAGCGAGGCGAGCUCGUCCCUCUCGAAACCGUCCUCGCCAUGAUCCGGGACAAGAUGUUGGCCAACACCGAUGCCAAGGGCUUCCUGAUCGAUGGAUACCCACGAGAAGUCGACCAGGGAAAGCAAUUCGAAUCUUCGAUCGCCCCUGCUACCUCCGUCCUCUACCUCGACGUCGCCACCGAAACCAUGGUCCAGCGACUGAUCAAGCGAGGUCAGACCUCCGGCCGCGCUGACGACAAUGAAGAAACCAUUCGCGCUCGACUCAACACCUUCGAAAAGGCAACUGCUCCCGUCGUCGAUUACUACAAGCAGCAAGGAAAGCUCUACGAAAUCGAACGAGCCGUCGCCGAGUCCUCCCCCGAUGAGGUUUUCGCCAAAGUCUGUCUUCUUUUCGACAAGUUGUAA